CAUUCAGGGUGCUCAAUCUCGAUAGGAUUAUUUAGAGUGCUCAGACCCACGGCGGCACUCCAGUGGAUGCUCUUCUCUCCCAUCGAUUUAUAUGACACCCGUGGCAGGUCUAUUUUGUGUGUUUCUUGGGGUCCGAUACUAUAGCAACUAGGCGUUUAUUAGGUUAUCGAUCUUAGGUGUUUCCACCGCUGCAGACACGAUAGCUUUCUACGACGGUUGCCGUCCUGGCAAGUCUUGGUGGGCCGGGUUUUAACCGUUAGGUUGCAAACUAUCUUCUCCCUGAAUAAUACGCGCCAUCAUCCCCUCUACCUCCGGGCGAAGGUCCAACCCUCCUCCACAAAGCAAUCAUGGUUUCCUCUGCGGAUGUCCCUGCUCAAUUUGUUCUCAACUGGAAACCAUAUAGUCGAACCUCGAGUCGGGGGACAAGUAAUCAAAGUUCCCCUAAGGGUGGGUCGUCUCCGGGCACAAACCAUAAGCUUUGCUUGGCCUGCGAUGCAUGCCGCCAGGCACGCGUCAAGUGCUCUGGGGGGAACCCGUGUAGACGGUGUAUGAAUAAUGAUGGAUACUGUCACUACAGUGUCUCGAUGCGAAGUGGACGGACAAAGGCCAUUCAUAACAAGAAGAGACAGAGCAACAGCCGCAACAGCCGCAACAGCAGCAGCGAAGCUCCACCACCUCCUCCUCCUCCACCACCCGCAACCGUUGACAACGGCCUAAAGAAUGCCGUGCCUAUUGACGCCGACUAUGAGAAGAUCACCCAUAAAGUCACUCCGGACAAGAUCACGACAUCGCUCGAUGAUUCCAUGGCUCUAGAUGAUUUCACUCUGUUAAAUGCUACAGACUCUUCAAGCAGCAGCAACAUGGGCCUGACGCCGGAUCCAGCCUUGCGUGACUUCUUCUCCGGCGACUUUGACAAUUUAGAUCUCAGCAGUAUUUUCAGCAGCGUAAACUCGAGCGGUCUUGGAAGAGAUGGCAUUCCGAUGGACCCUCCAUUCCCGAGACCGCCAUCUUCCAGGCUUUCCUUCAAUGGACACGGUCUCGGGGAAGCCUCUCCUAAUUCCAGAUUCAGCUCACCGCUUCUCUCUGGGACGACCCCAUGUUCCUGCUUUAAGACUCAACUGAAUUGCAUUUCCCACCUCUGUGGGCCGAUGGACAAUGACCAAAGAGGUCUCGACACCGUCCUAGAGACAACGCGCCACAUCAGCGAGCAGAUCAGCCAGCUGCUAUCCUGCAGUGCAUGCCUGAAAUGCUCAACCAGCUUCGUGCUCACGGCUGUGCUUCUCCAGCGGCUGGUAUGCAUGUUUUGCUAUGUAGAGAAGAACGGGGCGGCGAUUCUGAAAACCACCAAGAUUGGAAUUGGGAUGUUCCAACUCUCAGAGGAGGAAGACCGGCAACACAAGAAGCUCUUAAUUACCACUGCGGCCAAAAAGCUGGACACGAUGGCGACCAGCUUCUAUGACACUGUCCGACAGUUCCAGCAGGCUGAGCUUCUGCAUCAGAGACAGAGAAGUGAAGAGAUGACGGAUAUGGGUCGGUCAAAUCUAAAAUGGGUGCUUGAUAUCAUUCAGAAAAUCAGAUGGCGUCUCAAAGGGAUUGUCACCGAGGUAGGUACUGAAGGAUGGUGCUGAUGAGCAUCAGCUUGGUAUUGGGGUAGUACACGACAUUAUGAUACGGCGGAUUUUUUAUAACACGCUUGAGCUUCUAUAGUCUAUAUAUGACAAUAUUUUUCUCUCAUCAUUCUUG